GGGAAAAACAGGAGCAGAGGGUCAGAAGGCGAGAUUUCGGCUCCUGAAGCUAUUAGAUUUAGGCAUGUGUCCAUCCCUCCCUUACGAUUCCAAUCCUAAAGUUGUUAUUUUUAAACACCCAAAGGAAGUCUUCCCUUUCCUGGACUACUAGCAUCAAUAAGAUGGGUACUACGCUAGUGAGAGUGGGCAGCUUUGUCCAGGAUUCCUUGACUUAGUCAUCAAGACUUGUGAGCAAAUUUUCUUAAAAAAGUAUGUGUAUAUGGUUAGUGUUCUUUAGUUGCGAUGGCAUUUCACUCUCAAGUCUCAGUUUAAAUGUCAGUUCAGAGAAAACUUCCCUGACCUCCUAUCUUAGCCUCCUAUUUUGUUCUUUCUCUCUUGCACCUUUGAUCUUAUGAAGUUAAUAGGGCCUUGGUCAGUCAAGUAGGCUUUGAAUUAAUAUUUGCAGGAUGCAUUGAUAUGUUAUCAAAUGGGCUGUAUAACAGGACUUUUGGCAAUGUGAUGCAAUGAAGAGGAAAAGCAGAGUCUAGGAGUUUACUUAGAGACGUCUGACUGGGCUACGAGCCCUUUAAGGAUCGCAAGAAAGGAGGCGGGGCUAGAGAGGCCGACCUAUAAGACUCAUGUGAGGUGGCGCCUGCGCAGAAGAGUCACGUGGUGGCUGGGCCGGGGGAAAUGGCGGCUCCAGGGGAGAGUGGGGCUUCGGGUGGCGGAGGCAGCACAGAGGAAGCUUUUAUGACCUUCUACAGCGAGGUGAAACAAAUAGAGAAGAGAGAUUCGGUUCUAACGUCUAAAAAUCAGAUUGAAAGAUUGACUCGUCCUGGUUCCUCCUACUUCAACUUGAACCCAUUUGAGGUUCUUCAGAUAGAUCCUGAAGUGACAGAUGAAGAAAUAAAAAAGAGGUUUCGGCAGCUAUCCAUACUGGUGCAUCCUGACAAAAAUCAAGAUGAUGCUGACAGAGCACAAAAGGCUUUUGAAGCUGUGGACAAAGCUUACAAGUUGCUACUGGAUCAGGAACAAAAGAAGAGGGCCCUGGAUGUAAUUCAGGCAGGAAAAGAAUACGUGGAACACACCGUGAAAGAGCGAAAAAAGCAAUUAAAGAAGGAAGGAAAGCCUACAAAUGUGGAGGAAGAUGAUCCUGAGCUGUUUAAACAAGCAGUAUACAAACAGACCAUGAAACUCUUUGCUGAGCUGGAAAUUAAAAGGAAAGAAAGAGAAGCCAAGGAGAUGCAUGAAAGGAAGCGACAAAGGGAAGAAGAGAUUGAAGCUCAAGAAAAAGCCAAACGAGAAAGGGAGUGGCAGAAAAAUUUUGAGGAAAGUCGAGAUGGUCGUGUGGACAGCUGGCGAAACUUCCAAGCUAAUACCAAGGGGAAGAAAGAGAAGAAGAACCGGACCUUCCUGAGACCACCAAAAGUAAAAAUGGAACAGCGUGAGUGACCUGAGGUCACUGCCACAGAACCUUCCUUCGGCUCUCCCCUUCCUGCUCUGAAGGACUCAUUCUUUUUCCCAUUUUCACCCCAACAUAGAGUAGUCUUUGCUUUUUAGUCCAUUUUGUUUUCAAUACAAUUUAAUAUCGAUCAGAGUAAUUCUUUUGUACAUUGAAAUGAGGGGCUCGGUUUAAAAAGAAACCUCCCCCACCCCUACCCCAGACCAACCAGGAUCAGAAGGUGCCGCCGUUGGUGCUGCCUUCUCCUCCCACAGCCUGUAACUUAAUGUUUUGUACUCCACUCAAUUGUGAUGGUUAGAAACUUUGUGUAUAGUUUGUGGAAAUCAUCCAGUUAAUUAAACACGUUGCUUAAAAUGGUGUUGCCUUGACUUCAGAGACAAGCCCGGGCCACCUUAGGAAGCCCCUUUGCUUCAGUUGCUUGCUUCUGGGUGUGGCAUCCUUCCAAGCCCCAGAUCAGACGGGGAAGGCAGUGGGCACACAGAGCAGCCACUCGAUGCCCUGACGUCCCCUGGAGUUUGGCAUGUGCUUUCCUAUCCGGCCAGUCUGCGUGGCACGAGGCUGCAAGCCACCCAAACCUGUUCACUUUCCAAAGAGCUGGCCAUUCUCCAUCGUGUACCGUUGUGUCCUAGCCUGUCUGCAUUUGUUAGUGGUAAUAUUCUGUAUGUGUAAUAAAUUUUUAUACCCUAA